GAGCACGGGCGCACACCCCUCGUUUCGCUUUUGCGUCAUCGCGCGCCGCUUCGUUUGCUCACGUGCCUGUUGAGCACCGACUGGCCGCGUGCUGAUAACGAACAGACGGCGAGAAAAGCCCGCGCCGACAAACCCGCAACAAAACAGCCGGACCGUGCAUAAUGCGCGCGACGUCAGCGAGGCGGCUUUUACGCACGCCCCGCACGCGUCCCGCCGUGCGUCUCGACGUGCGCCAAACGGCCCAAGUGUCCCGUUUGACCCGAGCGCGGCGUCCAAAUGAGUUCAGACCAGUCGUUCAUUUGCCUCUUUAACGGCCACUCGCGCCUCCUGCCGCGAGGAUCCUUUGUUUGCGCGUGCUGACCCGCCAUCAAUCAUCCGUCAACCAUCCCGCGGUUAGCCGGGCGCAGGGGCGAGCUGUCACCGAGAAGACAGAAGGUGGUCGCCUUAUCAGGGGCCGUCUCUCGUGCGGAGAGGGGUCCGGUUCACGCGCACUAACAUGCCAAUUCAACGCGUGCGCCUCUGCCUCGCCAUAGUCGCCGUGCAGCUCGGAUGCGUCCGUCCGCUCUUCGUCCCCAGCGGCGCGUCCGGAGACGCGCAGGCGGAGGGGGCGCGUCUGACUGCCGACGUGCCUCCCGGUGGGUCGUCGGCCAGCGGUCUCCCGCGGACCUUUACGGGCCCCCCUCGCAAGAAGGCGCCCCAGUUUAUGCUGGAGCUUUAUGACGCCGUGUCCAACUCCGACGGGGUGGCACAAAAACGAAAGGACGUCCUGGAGGGAAACAUAGUGAGGAGCUUUGAGGAUAAAGGUCAUGGAGGUGAAAGAUUUCACCUCUUCAACCUGUCCUCGUUCGGCAGAGAGGAGAGGAUGAUCAAGGCGGAACUCCGCUGGUUCAGGCAGAGGCACAGCUUCCCUCCGGCCAAAUCAGACGGGCCUCGUUUCUAUAAGGUUGAUCUGUACGAGGUGCUGGACAGCCGGGUGGCGCCGUGGAGAGGAAACCUCAUCACCUCCAGGCUGGUGCCGCUCCACACUCACGGACGGGAGGUCUUCAACGUCACCCCGACGGUCUCCAAGUGGCUCCGCAACAAGCAGGAGAACAACGGCUUCCUGGUGGUGACUACCUUCCCGUCGGGCAACUGGCUGGAGUCCGUGGCACCUUCACCGGAGGAGUACGGAGAAAGUGUAGACAAGAAAGCCUACCUGGUCAUAUUCUCAGACGACGGCAGAGCAGGAAGGACUGCGAACAGAGCACCUCGAGACAAUGCCAAACCCGACACCGCAACCGACUACAACGCCCACCGAAGCAGGAGGCGGCGUGCAGCUCCGGUUUUCACCCGUGGCCGCCCCCAGCAGUCUUGCCAAAGGGUUCCUCUCUUCGUCGACUUCGAGGAGAUUGGCUGGGCGGGCUGGAUCAUCUCCCCGCGGGGCUACAACGCCUACCACUGCAAAGGCUCCUGCCCGUUCCCACUAGGGGAGAGUCUCCGCGCAACCAACCACGCCACGGUUCUGUCCAUCAUGCACGCCCUAAAGAUCGCCCGUGACGCGGGCACGCCGUGCUGCGUGCCGGACCAUCUCCAGUCCAUCAGCUUGCUGUAUUUCGACGACGAGGAGAACGUGGUGCUGAAGCAAUAUGACGACAUGGUGGCGGUUAGUUGUGGCUGUCACUGACUGUGCGCUCUUAUGGACUAGCCUAGAAACAUACAGAUGAGUGAACAAAGCGUUGUAUUUUCAUGAAAGCAUGUUAAGAUAUUGUAUUAUUUUGAGAAAU